CAACUCCACCCUCCUUCCACACCACGCCAGAGCACCGCAGCCGAGCAACGAGAUCAAGCGUUUCAACAUUUCAAACCCAAACCACUGUCUUCUUCCUCCUCCAACUCCCACCUCCUUCCCCGCCUCUCCAUGCGGACUCGCUUCCUCGCCACCGACUACUUCUCGCCGUCGGCGUCAGCCUCCUUUUCGGACCAAGCGCUAGCCCUAGCGUCCUUGCGCUUCCCUUCUCUCCCCGUCCCUUCUCUUCCUCCCGAUCCUCACACCCCCCUCCCCCUCCCGUUCCCCGCCGACCUCCCCGCAUUCAGCGUCUCCAGCGACGAUCUCGACUCUCUCCCCAUAUCCUCUGCCCUCUCCGAGUUCUUCGCCGCCGUUAUCCCGCAGACCCUGCCUGUGCCGACUAUCCCCGCCGCCGACGAGGGGUUGGAUGAUUACCUAUACGAUAGGGGCUGGCAGUGCGAGGGUUUUAGCUGGAAGGAGUCUGUUGGGUUCAGAUUCCCUAAGGCAUUGGACGAGACCAGCCGCGGAAAAGAUGGGAAGGGAGACGGAUCGAGGUCAGAUAGAUUGGGGACCUCCACGGAUACGGAGAGAUGGGAACUGCUGAAGGGGCUCAGAUUUGAGGUUGUAGAGGUCGAUCUCCUACAGGUUUUGCAAGGAGACAUUGCAUCCUUUGGUGGUGAUGAGUCGGCUGAUGGUGUCACCUUAUCAUUUCGUGUUCCAGAUGUGAAAAUCCACCUGGAUUUCAUUGAUAUUGACAAUGACAUGCCAAUGGCAUAUCCAACUGAACUUGCGGAUUCAAUUUAUCAAGUAGAGAAAAUCCCUGUAAAAUACAUAGAUGAUGACCAUUCUUGUGCAAGAGAUAUUAGCUUCUCAGCAAUUGCAGCAUUAGAUCAUGGAGUGAAAAUACCACAAUUGGAGGUCAGUAAGCAUUCUUGGGAGCUCGAUGAGUGUCUAACAAAGGCAGAUAUAUCCCAUAUUUUUCAUAACCUUGUUGAACGCUUGGAUGAAGCACAAGUUCAGCAUUCAGUGUUUAACUCAACUGAGUUUUUGAGAUCAACUGAUAUGGACAUGUUGGCCUUUGUUUGCAAAGAUCCCCCAUGUGCAGAUUAUCAAGCAGAUAAACCAAUAACAGUCACAGCUGCAGUAGAAAUGGAUCUUGUGAGGAUCAAUGAUAAUAUUCUACUUGAGAGAAAAUCAGCAUUAUACCCUCUCAAGCCCGACGGGACCUGUUCAGACUUGCCUUGCUCAAUUCUUUUAGAAGAAGUACAGAUCAUUGAUUUUCCUUCAGAUGAUGCCUUCAAAAUGCUUGUUAAGUCAGAGAGAGCUAAGCUGAAUAUAUCUGAUGAACUAUUCAAAGGUGACUUUGAUCCAGCAAAGCGGUUCUAUGAAUCAAUAGUCAGCUCUGAGUUGGCGCUGGUUGAUGAUACAUUCAGAUCACUACCCACACCUAUUUUAACUGAUGAUAUAACACUGAGAUCCAUCACUCCCCCUCUAAGAGAAGUACUGUGCUCCCUGAAACCACGUUCUCUUUCUGCAGCUGAUGGAAUUUAUUUGGAUUGGCAUCUUUUAUUGGAAGGUCCAUGCAACCGGGAAACCUGCUCUACUUAUGCAAGCAUGGUUGAGGAAGUAAAAAGUGACCAUUUAAAUUCUGAGCUGCAAGUUAGCUGUCAGCAGACAUCUGCACUUGGCUUCGAUUUUCUUGAGUACUUUUGGAGAAGUGCAAAGCUUCAAGAUGUGGGCAAACAGAAUAAUAUUUAUGUCCCUGCUCCUCUACCUCAAGAUCCACCUGCUGUAGUGGAAACGACUCAGAAAUACAGACAAGAAAGCGAUGCUAGAGAUCAUGGCCACAUGGAAAAAUUGAGUUCAGAAAAGGCAUCUUCCUUAUUCGAGUCAGAAUCACAAUCCAAUAACCUAAACUUCUACUUGAAUGUCAGAAGUGGCACCAAGAGAAGAACUAAUGAUAAAAACAUUUCAACUUUAGAUAUCCCUCACGCAAAAGAGCAAGCAGCUUCUUUUUCAAGCAGGCCUAAAGUUGAUAAGCUCAUAGAAAUUCAUCCUGUCAGCCUCUCAGAUUCUAUUCGAGUCCUUAUCAAGCACAUCCAUAUAAUCUAUACAUCAGCUUUGCAAGAAAGUGCAUAUUUGAGACAUACUUUUUCGGAUGGACCUGGUUUAAGCAUUUCGAAGCAGAAGCUUCUUGAACUGAUAACCGGAGAAGGUUCAGAUGACUUCUAUAGUCACUGUAAAUAUGAAGAUAAGAUGGAGCUCAUUGUACUCUAUGGAUUAAAACAGGUUGCAUAUUACCUAUGUUUCUUUGGGUUGCAUGCUGCCCACCUUUACAUAAGCAACUUGAUUGAAAGCUUUGAAAAUGUUCCUGAGAGGUUAAGAAAUAUUCAUCGUCUCAUUGGUGAAGCGCGGUGGAAAGCUGAGAAGCAUCAAUCGGAGUCUCAUCCAUCAUUAUUGGACAUUGAGACAAUCCUGGUAUCUAAUACACGAAUCAGCCAAAAAAUCCUUAUAGUUGCGGAUAGAGCUUUCUGGCUGCCAUUGGGUCAAAAGUUAACUUCUAUGAAGAUGACAUUUGUUGAGCUGGGAAAAGACCCUGAUGCUGCUUAUUUAGAUCCGGUGAACAAGACAAACUCUACAACUUGGGUGCUGAGAGGAUUGCCGAAAUCUGACUGCAUUUUGCUAGAUAAUAAGAACAUUCCAGCUUCAUUCCCUUUCAAUGAGUUUGGCAUAAUACUGGAAUAUGGAGGUCCAAGUAAAUCAUCUACUUUGUUGUCUCUGAAUCCUAAAUUAGAUGGUUUUCCACCAUUGCAUUUCCUCUAUGUCAAAGUGGAUGUUGAAGAUUUUUCGAUUGCACUUGCUGAGGACAACCAUACAGAUCAAGAUUUGAAAUCCAAAUUGGACACAGUUUUGCAUGCACUUCAGAAGGAUUUGCAAGAGAAGAUGGAUAAAAUGCGCAUUGUUGAUUCAUUGAACUUUAUACCAGAAACUAAUCAUCCACAAGGUCUGCAGGAAAAUCUGCGCAAACAUCUCAGUGGUGAUUCAACAAAGAAUUUGCCUGUAGAUGAUCAAUGGCUCAAAUUAGAAUCUCCGGAGAACAAGAAUAUUAUUGAUGUGCAUAAUUCUGUGCCUGCAGCUGAACAACGGCACAUACAGGAAACAUUGAGCAAAAGAACUAUUCUUGAUCCACAAACUUGCGUGCCUUCAGUUGAGAAGAGCAGCUCUACUUCUUCUGUAUCUGCAAAUGUGAUGAAACAAGACAAUCUAUCUGCUACUGACUUGCCUUACAGUGUAACAAUUGACAGAAUCACGCCAGGAAGAUUGUCUACCUCAGAAGCGGUGAUUGUUGUAAACACUCGAAUUCAUGGAAAGAACAUGAUUUUCUCUCGAAGGUCAUCUUAUCAGCAGAUACUAUCUUUGGAGAAAAGAGGACUGCAGGUUGUGGAACGAGACGUUGAUCUUCCUGUGGAUCUAAUACUCAGUUCUGCAGUUUGCUUAGUAUGGUGUGAGAGCAAAAUGUUUGGAUGCAAUGAAUUCACAUCAUCAAUGGAGACAUCUAGCAUAACCAAUUUUGUAGAGACCAUAGCAACCAAUAUUCUGAUGUCAAUUAGCUUCUCUUUCAGUGGCUGCAUAAUGGUCUUUGAGGGAGAACCUUACUUCCUUUCUGUUGUAAUGGAGUCAUCUGAUUCUCUAUAUGCUGCAGCUGCUAGUCUGGUCAUGAACUUGCAGCUAUUCUUCUCACCCACCUCCAAGUCAACAGAUGAAAUAAUUCUCAGUUGCAUUAGGUACGCGGCUAGGUUAAAUAAAGCUCCUCCGGAUAUACCUGAAUCAGAAAGCCUGGCUGAAUCAUUUCUCACGAAAUUCCCUUCAAUCAAUCCCUUGUCCGCACACAUAAUGCUUUCUUCUGGAGGCAGCCUUGUGGAGUUGUUCAGCUGGUCACACGAGCGGCGUAUUGAGGCCGUCGGAAAGUAUCUGUUGUCUCCACAGAGCAUUUCUCUAUUCAGUGCCUUGUGCAAAUUUGGUGAGCUGGGUGAAUCAAGGUCUGUGAUGACCGAUUGCUCUUCUGUAGAUUCAGACAUCUGUAGUCCUUUGUUGCAGUCUCCAAGGAAGAGAAAAAAACGUGCCUCACAAGCUUUUGCAGAACCAACUAUUGCUUCCCUCCAUCCUGAUCUUCUAAACCAAUUGCCUGGUGACUUUGUAGAACAUGACAGUGGAUUGUCACCGCCUAAAUUGAGGAGGUUUUCCAACAUGACAGUGCCUGAGCGUCCAGAGGUCUUUAUGUUUGAUCAAAGUUUGAGUAGGGGAGGUGUAGGGGUUUCUUGUCUACCAGGAAAUCAUGAUGUGGACGCAAUAAUUGGCAAUCAGACCACGGGUGAUUAUUUCAGCAAUGGAUUGACUACAGAUAUGAGGACAUAUAAUGGAAGGGCUAGCAGUAUGGUGGACACACACAACUUUUCUUGGCGGCCUGAAUUAGGGGGUAAAGAACCAAUCGAAAGCUCUUUUUCCGCAAGCAAACCAUCAUUCAGCAGAAAUUACAGUCAUCCAAUUUUUCCAACUGCAUUGGAGAUCAAUGAUGAUCCUCGUGACUGGGAGAUUUCAGAAGGUGCACAUCACACUUGGAACGAGCAUGCACAUGCGGAUAUUGACACAACCUCUUGCAGGAAUGAUGUGGGCAGCAGAUAUCAUGAACCAAGAGAGGUAAUAAUGCAGAAUCCAGCAAGUUCGCUUGCUUUUCUGAAACAGGAUAUUGGCUGUCAUGCAUCUUCACAUGGUUCAGGCUGGGAAAUUGAUUAUCUUAGGCAAAUGAAUGAAAAAAGAAGAGCACAUCAGGCGAGAUCGAGAUGUAAUUCAUCAACAAUGAUGCCAAAUUCAAGAAUAGGGGAUGGAUCCUCUAGGGUUCUAAAUCCCCCAUCUAUAGAAUCCUUCAGAUACCGAAGAGAUAGAGACAGCAUGGAUAGAGAUACUCCUUCGAGGGAUCGAAGCCCUUGUAAUGGGACUCGCCGUUAUGGGAAAAGCAGAGGAGGAACUAAAGCCCCAAGCCACAGGCCAAGAAAAGAUUUGAAGAUGCAACCGAGUGUAAGUCAUGAAAACCGGAUAGAGCCAUCCAGGGAUCCAACAUGGACUCCUGUUGACAAGAGAGCGCGACAGAAACUCUCAUUUGCAACAUAUGGGAAGGAAAAACAAAGCAAGCUGAUCUGGAGAAACCAAAACAGCCCCGGCCUCGGGUGUGGCUUCCGAAAAAGAUACCGGGAAGAAGUAUCUGGAAAGAGUAAAAUAUGUUCGUAUGUCAAACAACAACUCGUCUUGAAACAUUGCGGGUGAACUACUGAAAUACCAACAUCAUUGUUUGCCUGCUAUGAAGAGGAAGAAGUGAUUGUUUGUCCUUUUGAACCCUCGAGACUGACCUGGCGCUCAUUCAGGGUGUUAUUCUCAUUUUGCACUUCAGUGAUUGUGUAGAAAGAUGUUUCCGUUUCUCAAUAUCACUUAAUAUGUUUCUUCUAUAAAACAAACUUAGUUUAGUAAAAGAAAACGCUAUUUUAGUAC